AUUUCGAAUCCCUUGCAGAAGAACCCCCAACACGCGCAAGGAAGAGCACAGGCUCGAUUGGUGCUACCACCAAGACGAGACCAAUCACCACGUCUUCCUCAACGAGGUCAAGCCCCUCAUCCAUCAUCUGUUCCAGACCAGCGGAACCAACGCCUGCGUCGUCGCGUGCGGCGCCGGCAGCGCCAAAGAUCACCUCUUUGUGGGGUCACAGGAUCAGCCAGGCUUGGUCACCAUGGCGAUGGAGGAAAUCCUCGACUUUUCCAAAACCAUCAGUGGGGCGGUGGUCAAGGUCUCAUCUUACCAGGUGGUCCAGGACACCCAGAUCUUUGAUUUGUUGGAGCCCAAGGACCAAGAGGUUCUCGUACUUGAGGAUGCACAGAGGAGGACUCAUCUCAAGGGCCUCUCCAAGCUUCAUGUGAAGUCAGUUGAGGAUUUUGCACACUUGAGCUGCUUCGACAGCAAUCGUCAGAAUAAGCAGUCCACUAAAGCUUCCACCCAGGUACACACUAGGGGGCACCAAGGGCUGAUUAUUCACAUCUCUAGGGUUGAUCAGGGAGGCACAGAAUGCGCUAUAGCUAAGAUGAACUUUCUCAACUUGACAGGCUAUGUAGACCCCAAGCAGAAGAAUAAUGGUGGAGUGGCCGCUCUAUCGAACAGUAACAAGUCUAUGUAUGCCUUGAUGAAUGUCGUGCAAGCACUGAAUAGCAACCAGAGCUUCCUGCCUUAUAGGGAGAGCAAAGUUACUCGUAUCUUGCAAGAUUCUUUAUGCAAGACGAGUGGGGCUGUGCUGAUCGCCUGCUUGGAUGAAAUUUCCUGUCAAGAUACAGUUUCUACUCUUAGCUUGGCUGCUCGCUCGAGUCAAGUGGCCAAUGAACAAUACCGCAGAUCCAUGAGUGUUACAAGUUCCAAAAAGGAAAAUUUUAACUUAUCUGCAAAUGCCAAAAACUCCUCAAGGCCAAUCCUUACUUCUAUACACCAACCAAAUCCUGUAGCAGAGAAGCAAGAUCGACCCCAAUGGAAUAACAGCGCAGCAAAAGCAUGUCAAACUCCUAUUGCCAAUAAGAGAAGGUCUCAACCAAUCAUGCAUUCAGCAAAAAAAUCUGAGAGCUUGUUCUCUACUCCAAUCAAAACGAAGCAAAAGGAUGCUAAACCAACAAUGGGUGAAAGAAGCUCUCAACCAAUCGUGUACCCAGCAAAGAAAGCGGAAAGCCUGCUCUCUACUCCAAUCAAAAUGAAGCAAAAGGAUGCUAAACCCACAAUCAGUGGAAGGUCUCAACCAAUUGUGCGCUCAGCAAAGAAAGCGGAAAGCUCGCUCUCUACUUCUAGAAUGAAGCAAAAGGAUGCUAAAUCUACAGUGAGUAGAAGAACCUUGUUAUGUCCGAGCACCAAUUCGUCAAAGGAAGAUGAGAUAGUCGUUGCACCAGCUGCAGUAGAAGUCAAGGAGGUACAAUCAUCACGAGACAUGGAAGUCCAUGCUCCAUCAACAGAUGUGGAAUUUGAUAAAACAAGCGAUACUUUAGAUACUGUACCAUCUAAAAACAACGAGACCAAGGGAAGGACCCUGGCUUAUGUUUAUAGGAGGGAGAAACACGAUAUUGUAUCAUCUGGAACACAAAAGGUGGUCUCAAGUAGUAUGGGGGAAGAGGGAUUUGAUGAAACAAGCUAUACUUUAGAUACUGUAUCAUCUGAAACACAAAAGGUGGUCUUAAGUAGUAUGGAGGAAGAUGUACAAUCAUCACCAGGCGUGGAGAUCCAUGCUCCAUCAAGAAAUGUGGGAUUUGAUGAAACAAGCGGUACCUUAGAUACUGUAUCAGCUGAAACACAAAAGGUGGUCAUAAGUAGUAUGGAGGAAGAGGACUAUUCGUUGUCAGUUUUGCAUGCAUUGAGUUCACAUACUGACUCCGGUGACACCUGCUCUUCUAGUGUACCUGAUGUCCUUGUCAAGAAGACUCCGGUCGAUGCUAAGAAACAAUCUCCAAAGCUUAGUGACCGUCUGAGAGAAAUAUCAAACUCACUGAAGCUUCUUAGCACUCGUCCAGUGAGCAUAACAACACAAAAUAUAAUGGAAACACCACAAAAAGUAGGCAUGGAAACGCCACAAAGAGUAGGCAUGGAAUAUGUGCAGCCGAUCAAUAUGGAUGUACCUGAACCAAAAACUCCUGCGACGCACCUGAAAUUUGAGCAUGCAGAAGAGCCAAGUAAUAACUCAUUUAAAGCUCGCAGCGUUGGGAUCAAGAAUUCCAUAGUUCAAGAGUGUUUGACUUUCCUGAACAGUGCUAAUAAGGAGGAACUAAAAAGCUUGAAGGGGAUUGGAGAAAAAAGAGCAAAUUACAUAAUUGAGCUCCGUGAAAACUCACUGGAGCCAUUUAAAGAGAUAGAUGAUCUCAAGGAUAUCCUUCGAAUGAAUAAGAAAGAGAUAAAAAAGAUGAUGUCGGGGAUCAUCGACUCCUAGAUCCAUGAUAACCUGUACCGGAGGGGAGGGCUACUUUAUUCUACUAGUGCAUCAGAAGUCAAGGGAACGACGGGUAUUUUGUACAACGGUUGUUGUUGAGACUGCCACAUGCUACGUAGCUUCUUUUUCCCCUCCGUUGGGAGUUGCUUUGAUUUCUUGUGUUGAGCGUGAGAGAACAAAGCUAAGAAGUGUGCUUUUGCUGCAGUAUAUAUUCAUAUAUAUAUGUAUAUAAUCCGACAAUUGCAUCGUACUACCGUGCGUUGUUAAAACCGUGUCACAUAAUUAAUGAGAACUGUAAAGGUUGCUUGCC